AUGGAUCAACAAGACAUGGAUAGAUGUCAUCGAAUUGGGCAAACCAAGCCUCGUUCAUGUUUACGAGUUGACAACAAUUCUAUUUGUCGAGCUUUUAGUAAGUCGAAGCUUGAGCAUGUGGUGAUUGGAAAAGGACAAUUUCAUCAAGAGCGAACCAAAUCUAGCAAGUCUAAAGUCAUAAAGGAUGACUAA